AUGCUCUUCGUUGGCGCGGGCCGUCGUUUGGUAUUCCUGGCCGCUGGUUCAUGGCCGCGGUACUCCAUGCUCGUUCCUGGCGGGUUCACGGCUUUCGACGCUUGGCAUGUGGUGUACGCGGGAUUCAGCGCCGAGGAGCUGUGCGCCGUCUACGGCGAGUGGUCCAAGGAGUGGGAGGUCAAGAGGCGCCGGCAGCGCCAGGAGCGGGCCAGGGGCGCCACGGGGCGGCCAGCGAACGGGGUUGCGUUGCCUCUGCGUGCUGGCCUACACCGGCGACCGCGGGGCUCGAGCGUGACGAGCUCCCGCGCAGGGAUGGCGCUGUCGCCAGCCCCCGCGGCGGCGCAGAGCGCCAGGCAGCGGCUCGCCGAGGUGCUGGGCCGAGAGGAGAACUGCAGGUGCGCGGACUGCGGGGCCCACUGGCCGGACUGGGCCUCGGUCAACCUCGGCGUGUUCCUGUGCAUAGACUGCGCCGCCGUGCACCGCGGCCUCGGCGUGCGCGUCUCCCGCGUCAUCUCGACCGAGCUGGACGCCUGGCGCGACGAGUGGGUCGAGGUGUGCAGCAAGGUCGGCAACCACAACGCGUCCCUCUACUAUGAGCACGGCGACACGGGCAACCUGAGGCCUCCGUCGCAGAAGCCAUCGCGCCGGCGCAGGGAGCUCUGGAUCCGUGCGAAGUACGAGUGCCAGGCCUUCUCGCCCGAGGGCGUGCCCGCACCGUGGCACGGCGCUGCGUCGGCGUGCGGCACGAGCAGCAGCAGCAGCAGUAGCGAGGGCGAAGGCGACAGGUGA